AUGUCCACUGGAAUACGUCGUCGACAUGAGCAGAAGCAGAAUCUUUUGGAAAAGAAAGAAAACAGAGAAAACCGAGAAAUAGAUGGAGAUUUAGAGAAAGAUGCUAGCUUGCUAAGGCCACUUCACUGGAAAAUUAUUGCUGUCUACUACCUAUUGCUCAUAUUUGGAGCUUCUUUUUUGCACAAAUGUUUGCCAGAACCCAAGGAUCCGAAUCAAGAAGAAACUCAAUUUUCCGAAAAGCGAGCAGUUGGGAUCCUCCAAGAGUUAUCAGAUUAUGGAUGGAAACCUGCAGGAAGUUACAACUGUGAAGAGCUGACAAGAAAUCGAAUUCUUAAAGAAUUGAACGAUAUAAGAAAGGCAAAUGAAAAUGUGAAUGGAUUGAGAUUCGAUGUGGAUACACAAUAUGUGUCUGGAUGCUUUGACAUUCCCGCUCAUGACACAGAAGGAAUGAAUAUAUGUUAUAGAAAUGUGUCGAAUGUUGUGGCAAGACUGGGAACAGGAGACAAAAAAGAUCAAAUUUCAGUAUUACUGAAUUGUCAUUAUGACAGCUGGCCAACGAGUAAUGCUGGAAGUGAUGAUUUAUCUUCUUGCGCUCUGAUGCUCGAGCUUAUUCGUUUGUAUUCGGAAAACCCACAUCUUCUGAACCAUGACGUCAUCUUUCUCUUCAACGGAGCCGAAGAAUCAUCUCUUCUGGCUGCUCAUGGAUUCAUUACUCAGCAUUCUUGGAGACACGAAAUCCGGGCGUUUAUUAACCUAGAAGCUAGUGGAUCUGGAGGCCGUGAACUUCUUUUUCAGGCGGGACCAGCGAAUCAAUGGCUUCUGAAUUCCUACUUAGAAGCUGCUGUUCAUCCACAUUGCAGUGUCAUAGGACAGGAGGUGUUCCAAUCCGGAGUCUAUCCAGGAGACACCGAUUUUCGAAUCUUCAGAGAUCACGGAAGGGUUCCAGGUCUUGAUUUGGCCUUUGUACAGAAUGGAUAUUGGUGGCACACUGAGUUUGAUACAGCUGAAAGGAUCACAAAAGGAUCUCUGCAGAGAGCAGGAGAAAACGUUUAUUCAACACUCAAUCAUCUUUUGAAUAGUCCAUAUUUGGAGAAUCCAGCAGAGUACGCUGAUAGGAAAACUGUUUUCUUUGACUUUUUGGGACUGUUCGUUGUGAUCUACCCACUGUCAUUUGCCCACUUCAUCAAUCUGACUGCAAUUUUGGUCAUCUUCGGAUUAGUUUCCCACCGAUUCUACACAAAAUCUUUCCUAACAUUUUUGGCCCUUCGAGACUACAUUCUCACUGUCUUGACUAUUGCACUUGUUCUGAAAGCCAUGACUUUCAUGUCUCUCUUCACGUAUGGAGCUUUGAGAUGGUACACAAGACACUGGCUUGCUCUGGUUGCAUAUGGAUUGCCUAGUGUAUGGGCUGGUCUAUCUGUACAAGGACUUUUAUGUGCAAGAUUGGAUCCGAAGAUUCGAGGAGACUAUGGAUCAGCGUUGGAUUUGAUUCAUCUUACUGUAGUAUCUGGAAUCCUUCUGAUUUUCACCUAUUACGAUAUUGCAAGUGGAUUCUUGUUCGCUCUGCUUCUGAUCCCAGUUGUGAAAUCAUUGGCAUCUUAUUUUGGAGCUUUUCCUAGUGAGUUUUUUUUCAAUUAUUUAGGACCUCUCAUAAUUCAAAACCUUUCAGCUUGCCCCCACCUCAAUACCCUGCUAACUCUAUUGGUAUCUCUCCCAGGAUGUGCCAUGGCAAUUUAUACCACUGAAAUGCUCCUUUCCAUUUUCAUUCCAAUUAUGGGAAGAAGCUCGUAUAAUCCGGAACCAGUAGUAUCCUUUUUUGUGGCUUUCUCAGCUUCUUGCAUUGUUUUGUCACUGGGAGGCUUGGUUGCCAAAAGUCAGAAUUCCCGCCCGAGAAACGAGGCAGGUCUCUUGGAAAUCAUCUACAACCUUCUAGGAGUCGUACUAGUUACCUUGACAAUUCUCUACGUGUUUGCUAGCUUCUGGCCAUCUCCAUAUCGAUUCGACGAAAAGUACCCAACUGCCAAGAGAACCCAAUUCUUCCAUGUAAACCAAAUGUUCUACGAUCGAAACAACCAGCUCACUGUUAACGAAACGCGAUUCUAUGCGAUUUCUCGUGAUUACCGAGGAGCCGAGGAUAUUCCAUUCGUGAAGAGUGAUCCAGAAUAUACUGGAUUACAGUGCCAUCAUGAGAACAAUCCAUGGUGUGAAGUACCGUUUUUGUUCCCUACGAAGGGGCGAUUAAACGAUAGAAAUAUCAGAGUUAGAACUGUGGAUGAGCGUUUGAAUUUUAAACACCCUGUAAAGAUUUUGGGAAUCUCCAAGAAACAUGGUGUUGAAUCGGAUGGAAAAGGGAAUAUCGAAUACAGUUUUUCAGUCAUUGGAACCGGCCAAAUUUCUGUCUACAUCAUCCCUGAUUCUACAUGGGUAAUUACCAAUACUUCCGUUACUGUUCCAAAUGAACCACAAGAGAAUAUGUUCCUUUAUUUCACAUGCUCAACACCCAAUAAUAUCUGUGAAUGGAUGUUCAAAAUAACCAUCAAGAAAACCACUCAAACUCCAUCCGAUGAAAAACCUCUCCUAGUUGGAAUCUCUAGUCAUCAUCUGCACGGACCCGAAAUGCAAUCACAGUCCAUCAAAAAUAUGAUCUCGAAAAUCAAAGAAAACCGAAUCCACAGUCCAGAAUGGACAGUCACGGCCAGUGCAUGGAAUGUGGAUCAAGUCUACAAAUACUUUUAG